AUGGGGAACUGUCACUCGAGCGAGGCCGCGACCGUGGGGUCGGCCGCAGCGACGGCGAAGGUGGUGCUCUCCGACGGCGGGCUCCACGAGUACCCGAGGCGGGUGACGGCAGGGAGCGUCCUGGGGAAGGACGCCGGGAGCUUCUUCGUGUGCGAUGCGGACGAGAUGGAGAUCGAGGGGUUGGUGUCGGCGGUGGGGGCGGAGGAGGAGCUCCUGCCGGGGCAGCUCUACUUCGUGCUCCCGCGGGCGAUGCUGAAGCACCCGCUGAUGGCCGACGAGCUCGCGGCGCUCGCGGUGAAGGCGAGCGCCGCGCUGGUGGGGAGAUGCGGCAAGGGGGCGGUGGCGCCGCUGGUGUUCCCGGCGGCAGGUGUGGAGGAGGGAGCCGGCGAUCGGAGAAGCCGGGAGAAAGGGCGGAAGAAGAGGGCAAGAUCUGGUAGAGGGAGGAAAUUUGCGCCGCAUCUGAGCGCCAUUGCCGAGUAG